UGCGAGCGGCAGGAGGAGUGCGAGGGCGUCGUCGUGCAGCCCGCGGCGCACCUCUGCUGGCCCUGCGCGGAGCUCGUGCCCGGCGAGUGCCUCGUGGGCACCGUCUACGACCUCUGGAUCGGGGCGCCGCGGGCGGCCGCGGAGGGCGGCGACGGGCGAGCGCCAGCGCAGGGCCACGCACGGAGCCCCGCCGAAGCCGGGAGCGCGCCGGGGAGCGGAUGGUCCCACCACGACGGCAUCAACUGCUUCGUCGGCGCCGGCAGCGACACCUUCUCGGACGGCAGCGACGGCGCCCUGGCCGGCACGCGCUCCCUGCUGGAGUGCCAGGCCGCCUGCGAGACGCGAGACGGCUGCCAGGGCGUGACCGUGCGGCGCGGGCAGCGGGGCGACGCCACGGGCCCGUGCUUCCUGCGGUCGCGGCUGCGCCUGGAGCACUGCCUCCCGGGCUCCGAGUACGACCUCUGGCGGCUCGGCGACGGCCGCGCGCGGGCCCCCGCGGCCGGGCCGCCGAGGGGAGGCGCCCCGAACGGGAGCCGUGCGGCGGCGCGGGCGCCCAGCGGGCCGCAGCCCGGCGAGAGGAGCUGCCCGGCGUGUGCGCCGCGCGCGGCCGCUCCGCCGACCGUGGUGCUGCCCUUCUACGAGCGGGACCUGUGCAAGGCGCAGUACACCGCUCGCUCACUCGCGCUUCACGACAAGGGCAAAGCCCUCGGCAGCGUGCUGCUCCUGUGGAUCUCCACGCAGCCGAGUGGCGGCUACGCCGAGGGCGUCGACGCGAUCAGGAGCUCCCUCGCGGAAUCUCGAGAGGUGGAGUUUUUGGACCUGUCGCCCCAGGUCAACGGCAACGGCAAGGACGGUUGGUACGCGCAGCAGGUGCUGAAGCUCAAGGCUGCCAGCCGCGUGAAGAGCGAGUACUACGUGGUGCUCGACUCGAAGAACACGCUCAUGCGAGACGUCGACGCGGAGACCUUCCUGACCGAGUGCCAUCAGGCGCGCCUGGUCGGGACCUUCCCGUGGGGCGAGCUGCCCAAGCUGCACCAGGAGUGGUUCCACCGCUCCGCGGAGGUGCUGCAGGUCCGCGAGCCGGACGCGGGCGAGUGGCCCGCGUCGAUCACGCCGAUGAUCAUGCACAGGCAGACGGUCCUGGACAUGCUGGAGGCGAUCGGCGAGGACCCCAGCCCGCUCGAGCUCUGUGCGGGGCCCCUGUGCGGCAUGCUGGACAAGGGCGCCACCGAGUUCACCCUGUACCUGAUGUACGCCCAGUCCAGGGACGACUUCGGCUGCACGCACGCGGUGUCCCACGCCAGCGACUGGGCCCACGAGCUGGCCGUGUCCAUGUGGCGCGGGCUCGACUCCAACAUCGAGGAGGCGAGGAACGUGGCCGCCGGCCUGCGCCUCCCGACGCUCUUCGGCGCCCAGCACGGCGCCUUGGACAGCGCCUCCGACGAGCAGCGGGCGGAGGCCGCCCGCUACCUGGAGGAGAUCUACGCGGACGCUGGCCUGGCGGGCGCGGCCGGGGAGGGCGGCGGCUUCAUCCUCGACUGCGCCGUGGGGAGCGACUGA